UAACGUGUAAAAAAGCAAGUGGCCAAUUGGCAAAUGGGAAUCCCCACGUUCUCCAGUAUCAGUAUCCUGGGACUGGACAGCAAUAGAGAGUUUAAAGAGCAACGGGGUAAAAGCUAAUCGAUUUCCUGCAAAUUUUAUUGUUCCCAGAGCUUUUUAUUAUCAUGCUCAGUCUUCAAACCCGAGAGUCAUUGUCAACACCUGGCUUUAAAAUAAAAUUAUUCAAUCAAACAUGACAGUAGAAUCCUGUGCAAUGGCUACGGUCAAAUAUCUUCUUUUUUUUUUCAACGUUAUUUUUUCGGGUGCUGGACUUGGAAUAUUAAUCGUAGGAUGCAAAAUUUUAGCAGAUGUUACAAAUUACAACCACUUUAUGGGAGGAAGAAUACUAGCUCCAGCCAUCGUACUGAUAAUUAUUGGUAUGAUUGUCUUCGUAAUCGCUUUUCUAGGCUGCUUCGGAGCAGUCAAAGAAAAACACAUCCUACUUAUCGCAUUUGGAGUUACUUUGCUGACUAUUUUUGCAAUUGAGCUUGCAAUCGGUAUCGGUAUAGCUAUCUUUCAGUCUGACGUUUCUGAUUUAUUGAGAACUACAUUGAGAGAAGCAUUGGUUACAUAUGAAUCCGAACCAGACAAUAAAGUUGCUUGGGAUUCCAUUCAAACUUAUUUUAACUGCUGUGGUGUAGAUUCUUCAGAUGACUGGGAAGAAUCUUUGAAAGAAAAACUUCCGUCGACUUGUUGUUUCAGUAAUAAUACAGAGCCUUGUCAAAGAGGAAACCCUUUGGUAAUCUCGAAUGGUUGCUACCAGACUCUUUUGAGACAAAUCAGAGCUAAUUCAGAAUUACUUAUUUGGCUCGGAGCUGCAAUUGGUCUAACUGAAAUAAUCGGAGUGAUGUUGGGUUUCCAACUCGCAACAUCCAUUAAAAGACAAGCAGCGGCAGCAUAGAAUGACUCACGUAAUGUGUGAAUUGUUGAAUUUU